UUGUUUUAUUUUUAUUCGCGAGAAUUUAACGGGGCUGCCCACGCAAAUAGCGCAUGCAGCGCACAAGCGUGGUUCUCUUAUCGGCUCCAACAUCGCGGAGAUCCGUCAACAAAGACUCGCCGUCUCGCACCUCAUCGCUUUCGCGGGUCGUUGGAGCCACGCUCGAAGUAAAUGGCUCUGCACCGAUCCACCCGGGACAUGAUUCGCAGAUUAGGAAGGGUUGUGGGCUACCACAGGCGUGCUCCUAAGGUGUGUCCUACUACGACACGGCUCCUGCAGCCGCAAGCAACCAAGCAGCAGCCCGCUCGCUUUUUCAAUCGUUACGCAUCGCUGGAAACUACAUCCCAUGCGAAUCGAGUGUUCGUACCGGCCGAAGAGUUUCACCGAGACAAGGAGAAACCUUUCGAUAAAUGUGAGAAUGGUCCUGUGAAUGUGGAGGACCUUCUGUUUGAUAUGUUCAAGGAUGCAGAUGACACGGUCUGCGUAGGGAAAUUCUUAAAUGCAUUGUUCACAACUGGGCUGUGGAAGAAUGAUCCGCGUCUCAAGGAAAUGAUGCAGAACUUGAGAAAUGUUCACAAAGAGAAAUCACCCGUCCGUUCACUUGAGUCGCUCGCUCUGAACAGGGAAACGUUUGCACAAGUGAUCCGAGAGAACAUAGUUCUCAUCACCCGAGCCCUGCGCCACCAGUUUGUGAUUCCUGAUUUUCAAGACUUUAUUCGCUAUGUUGAGGACUUCUACUGGAAGUGCAAAGUGAACACCGGCGGAAAGGUGGCUUCAUACAUUCCCCAACUGGCCAAGUACAAUCCAGACUAUUGGGGAGUGAGCAUCUGUACUGUGGACGGCCAAAGGUUCUCAAUAGGAGACACAGAGAUUCCAUUCACGAUCCAGUCAUCUGGCAAACCCAUCAACUAUGCCAUCGCACUAACCGAACUCGGCUCAGAUGCUGUCCACCAAUAUGUUGGCCAGGAGCCGAGCGGCAGGAUGUUCAAUGAACUUGUCCUCGAUUACAACAAAAAGCCUCACAAUCCCAUGGUGAAUGCUGGUGCCAUUGUCGUCGCUUCGCUGCUCCUCUAUCUCAUAGAGCCUGAGAUGAGGACAUCCGAAAAAUUUGACUGGAUGCUCCAGUACUACAAAGCAGUAUCUGGAGGAGAGUAUCUCGGCUUCAACAACGCCAUAUUUCUUUCGGAGAGAGAAGCAGCCGACAGAAACUAUGCCAUAGGAUUCUACAUGAAGGAAAACAAGUGCUUUCCAGAGAGGGUCAACCUCAAGGAAACCAUGGACUUCUACUUUCAGCUGUGCUCUCUCGAAGUUAAUUGCCAGUCAGUGAGCGUUAUGGCAUCAACGUUGGCAAAUGGUGGCAUCUGCCCUGUCACGGGCCACCAGAUUAUGAAUGGGGUGUCCUGCCGGGAUGUCCUGUCACUUAUGCAUUCAUGCGGAAUGUACGAUUAUUCUGGCCAGUACGCCUUCAAGGUUGGCUUGCCAGCCAAGUCUGGCGUUUCAGGCUGUACAAUGGUGGUGGUGCCCAACGUGAUGGGAAUCUGUCUCUGGUCGCCCCCUCUAGACGUUUACGGAAACUCUGUCCGAGGAGUGCAGUUCUGCGAGGAACUGACUCGGGUGUUCAGCUUCCAUCACUAUGACAACCUGCGUCACAUGACGCAGAAGAAAGACCCGCGGCGGCAAAAGUAUGAGACCAAGGGCCUCAAGGUUGUCAACCUGCUCUUCAGUGCUGCCAGCGGGGAUGUCACUGCCAUGCGUCGCCAUUACCUGUCGGGAAUGGAUAUGGGGCUGAGCGACUACGAUGGCCGCACAGCCCUUCACCUGGCCGCUGCUGAGGGCCACCUGGAGUGCGUCGAGUUUUUACUCAAAAUCUGCGGUGUGGACGCCAAUGUCAGGGACAGGUGGGGCCACACCCCUCUGGACGACGCGCGGCAGUUUGGCCACGCAGCCGUGGCUGACUAUCUCGCCAAGUGGGAGGCACCUUCUUUGUCCGUAUCAGCGACACCUGUCCCCAACCAUCAGCCGCAGCAGGUGCCGUCGCCGCAGGAUAGCACCGACACCACUGACGUCCCGCCAUCGGCUCCCAAGGCUGCCGCAGCCGAUGGCACCAGCCGUCCCGACAUUGCUGCUUUUAAGGGCAAAAGGUGAAUGGCACGUCCAGCCCGCAUCGGCAGGGAUCUUAGUGGUGUAAGUUUUGAGGCUGUGCAUCCUCUCUCAGAAAUUACUUCUUACUAACUUCGUAGGAUGCCUGCCCAGUCACAGCUGUAACUUUUCCCACUGGGAAGACUAGUGCAAACAUCGACUUUCUCGGCAACUUUCCCCGCUCCGCUAUUCUGCUUCUGAUGCCUGCAACGACUGUCUCGAUUAAAGUCGUCGCAUGUGCCUACUGGCUGAAAUGGUGAAAACGGUUGGGCCAAUUAACACGAUUAACUUUUGACAUGGCUGUUAAGUGUUAGCUGUUGCAUCAGUAAUGCACUUCGACACAGAUCUUGAAGACUUAGUUCUCGAAGCUGAUGCUAAGAAUGGUGUAUGUGAAAUUGACAUUACUUCAUUACUGUCAGGGUUCGACUUUGAAGCCUGGGCAUGUGCUUGAAAGUAAUUAAUUGCGGCGGAAGUUAGUGAGAUUUUGUUUAUGACUUAACGAGGCUCUGCGAUUUGUCUUGUGAGUGGUGUCUCUAAUCUAGUAAGCCAGCUGAUGUAGCGGAAUUGUAGUAUCUACCAGAGAAGGUAUUUAAUAGAUCUGUUUUAAUUGGUUAAGACAGUACAGAGCUACCAGGCUGGCUGUAACAUCACCGUGCUAAGUACCACCUUUGCAAAAGCUGCAUAGAUGGCACUCUUGUUAGAGACGGAACAAGAAGCAUUCUGCAACCGAAACGCCCGAUUAACACCCAGCUGAAAAAUGGCUGCCACUUUCAAGCUGAAAAGGAACGGUUUCAGAACCUGUUUUUAUAGCUUUGUCUCUGGAGCAACUGCAAUAGCAAAUAUGCAAUCUACGCCUACAUUUGUGGCAUGUUGCUUGGCCUUGGAGGCCAUGGCACACAGUAAUGCACAUAUCUUUUGGCUCUGUAGUUACGGACUUAAAGAUGCAAGAAACCAUAGAAAAAUAAUGCUCUAUUUGCUGCAGUUAACUAUAGGCCACCUGUGUAAUGGCUCCAUCAAUAGCACUUUUUGAUAUUUUGGCCAGUCGUGCACUACACGAAAGCAGCCUCUGCAGGGAUCAAAAUCAGAGUAGCGGAGCUCAUGACAGGCCAUUGCACGCUUUUGCCCUUCCUAACCUCAACCUGCAGGUAUGCGAUGGGGCAGAUGCAGAACACACAUACAUUGUGUGUACUGUAUGUGUUCUUAAUUCACACUACUAUCCUUCUGCUGUGUUUAAUGCAUGAGCUAUUCAGUGUUGCUUACACAGUGAUCAAAAUUUUGUGUACAUGUGAAAGUCAGCAAUGAAAAUGCCACAUGAUGUUUUGUUUAUCUUUUCUGUGGCAUAGGUGCCAUUGAAACAUCUAGUUACCGUGAAAGGGAUGAAAAUCUCAGGUCCAAUACAUAUAGUUCUGUGAUCUUAUGCAUGUUGAUAGUGUAGACAACAGCUUAGUGAACCUAGUGUGCAUUGUUAAUGCAAAGUGCUACGUUUAUGAAAAUUGUUGUCAUGGUGGCUGUGUACUUCUGGAUUUCCUCAAUUUUGGCAAGAAUUUUUUAAAAAAUGUUUGACAUCCUAAUUUUGAGCACCUUUGAUAUAAUUAAUUAUUGAGGUGAUUAAAUCUAACAGCUUUACUGGAUCUCCCAGGAUAUAACGAUACAAUGAGCCACUUUAUGGGCUAUGAAUUUCAUCCCAUUGUGUGCAAUGUUUAGCAGGCAUUGUUCUUGUCACAAUCUGCAUUUAAUAAGCAAAAGCAAGAGUGUAAAACAGCACUAUGGGAGUAUACUAUCAUAAGCUUUGGAAUAUUAAAUGUGUAAUAGUUGUAGACUGGAGAUCAUGCCACAAUUGGAAAUAACUCACAAGAGACUAGGCAUGGCUUCGAGCUUAGCUCGACAGUUUCAAGGCAUUUUCUGAUGGCAUUUCAGUGAGGCCAGUUAAUUGCUUGUAAUAUAAGAAAGGUUACGUGACAUUUGAAAAUAGGUACAAACUUAACCUGGCAUUUUUCACAGACUUUCUUGUGUGUAGAGUGCAGCAUAAGUAAAUUUUGUGAAACACAUAACAUCAGGAAAUGACAUCAUUGGUGCCAUUGUGCAGGCAAGAAAUUCUGGAGGAAGAUUUAAGUUUUUUCUUUUCUUGCUGGCAAACCACCUUUUUUUUUUCACCGUAUGCAAUGGAACCUCUGAUUUACAAAAGGGCCACUGAUCAUUUUCACAGUACUGAGCUACGUUAUCACUGAUUACUUCAGUUCCAAUGUUACUUGCCUGUUUUGGUUCACUCACCUGUGCCACGUAUAUGCUACACGUUGCAUCGGUAAGUGAAGUUCGGUACACAUAUAAUGACUCUAAUGACAAGUUGUUGAACAAGGGAUGCCACUGGAGUCAAUGUUUCAACCAAAUGUUGUCUUUGGCAGACAAGUUUACAAAGGCAGCAGGAGUUUGGCUCCAGCUACAUUUCUUUUUAACAACUUCUCCUCACAUCAAGCAUCCAUCUUUUCUUUGCCAGAACUUCCGUCUUGCACGCUACGGGUAGUUUUCCAGUUAAAUUGCAGGAUCAUUCACACUAAAGUUGUACCAGUGCCCCAAGGGCACUUGUGGUCACGAUCAGGUCCGGUCUCAAUUGGAUUUCUUGAUCGCAAUCAACAAUGGUUGCUGCUAGUACUUGGUCCAAGCUAAUCCAGAUCAAGCUUGGCACAUGCUGGCCAAAUUGCAGUCUGGCUCCCAGAACAUGAUUGGGCCUGAUUGCAAUUAAAAGUGACCGUGUAGCAGCACCUGAUUCGGAUAGAGCCUAAUCCGAACUGGCCACCCCGAUUGCAAUCAAAAAUGCCCGUAUGACAACGGUAUUAUGUACAUAAGUGGCGCUCACAGUGGAUUUUGCUUAAUACUAUUUUGGUGCAGUGCUUUGCCCACACCAUUCCAAGUAAGUCAGAAAUGAACACUGUCUGCACUGAGACCAGAAAAAAAAAAAGCUAAUAUACUCGGAUAAAUCAACAUGGUGCCAUCUGAAACCCUGCCACAGUGAGACAGGAAUGUAGUGAGAUUUUUAUUCUUUGGAAGACCGACAGCGUCACCUUCCCUUCAUUGAUGAAUUCUAUGUUAUUAGUUCGGAAUUUGUGGCAAAUAUGUACUAGUAGCACCUAUUUUCUGCAUAAAGCAAGAGAGCAAGCACUGCAUCUACUGCAAUUUUAAACAAAAGGCACCACGGAGUGCGAAUUUGUGGGAAAAUUAAAUGAAAAGUGGCAGUGGUUCUGCCAGGGUGCAAAUUUAUUCAAGUUUUCAUUAUAAAAGCAACAUUCUGUAUUAAGUGCUUAUGGAAGAACUUCUGUUUAUUUUCCGCUGUAAGCAAAAGAGCACUACUAAUUGGCUUUGCAGCAUGGUGGCCGCAUUGUUGCCUCAGCUGAAAGAAACUUGAGAAGUGUGUUUACUCGCGCAAGGUGGGAUUGAGUUCAGUCUUUAAUUUUUGUCACAUUUCACUGCAACAGAUAUCCACCUACUGUUCGGUCCAAGAGCCAAAGUGCUUUGAUGCCACGACGUUGCCUGCUAAAUCCACAACGUGCUUCACAAAAGGCACCACUCUGGAAUGAACUCACACAACCCAGCUAGUCUAUAAUCCAACUUGGUGUUUCCCAUUUAUGUAUAUCCCUUUUGAUACCUUUCACGCAAACCAGUAUAAUGCCACUAAGCUACACACAAUAUUCUGGGAUACAAUUUGUUCUCGCAGAUUCGUGUAGACGUACUUAUGCUGAUAACACCGUUGUGUUGGCUAGAAAAAGAAAAAGAAACAAUGCAUGCUCUAGUGCACUGUGUUAUUGCGCCAUUUCUUCACAUUUAUGUUUUUAUUUGCAAUGCCUUCUUAUUGCUUGGACUGUGUAGGCGACGUUAACAUGUUGCUUUCAUUCUUCUCUAUUUUCUACUAGUCUCGUGCCAAUGCCCUUUUGGCAUUAUAUAUUUUAAUACGUUAGCAUUACAUUAUGUACAUAAAAAUUUUUCCUUGUUGCCACUUGUUUUUAGGUUGUGUUUAUCAAACAAUUAUGUGACUUUUGUACCUGUGAACGUUCCCCUUACAGACGUAGAGUGAUGUUUUGUACAAUUAAAUUGCAGUAUGUUGAGUUUCCCAAAAAGAUUACUAGAGGCAAUUCUGGCAGUAUGGAAAUCAGUGUGCGAAAGAAAGAUGGGUAUUGUACAGAUUUGCCUAAACUUUAUCCAUCUGGAUUAAAACAGCCUUAUGAAUUUUUAACUUGAUCAACAAAGUAUUUUUACAAAAUGGUACACUUCAAACCAACCAAUUAUAUGUUAUGUGUGCAGAGUUUUAUUGUCCCACUGUGUUUAUAAAACUAUGAUUGCUUAGAAAUCGAGGAAAGUAAAGUGUAAUAAAUAAUGCUGCCAGGAAAUCCGAAGUCACAAGCAUGAGCAUCAGCCAAAUGUAUCUAUUAAACAUCACUCCCAUGAUAGCUAAAUGAUUAUGGCACCAGUUCUCCCUCUCGUAAACUUUGUAGGAAACUGUACGCUUGAAGAGAUUCUAUACUUGCACUAGAAUUUUGCAGUCAUUUGGUUUUAAUUUUGUUCAAUGUUUGAUCUGAUUUUUACAUUUACUGUACCGUAUAAUUUAACUUAUUGAUUCAUAAACAACAAGCACAACAAUGAAUACCGUAGAAAUGAUGUACGACACCUUGUCAUAUUCUUUGAUCAGCAAUUUGAGCAAGGUGAGAAGCACAGCAUCCAGUUUGUCCGUCUCGUUCUGAUAGUCUGCACUUAGCAUUUCUUUGACUGACUGGUGGUGCAAGCAUGCUUUUUGAUAAGCUUUUAUAUGGUGAAGGAAAGUGUUGCGAAUGGUGUGUGAAGAGUGUAAUGCCUUGUGUAGGAUGUGCAGCUUGACUAAAUACCUAUGUGCUGAGCUGCUUUGUUGACAGUAUUGUAACAUGCUCAAAUAUAGGUUGACUCUCCUUUAUUGUUUAUUUUUUUAACAAAAAUUUCUAAAUUAGGCAUUUUAAUUGUCGUUAUAGCUAAAGGAGCUAUAGGUAGAACAUUGCUAUAUGCGCCACUCUAACAGACAGGAAACGUGCUCUUUUAAACAAUUUCUGAGAGAAUAUGUUCAUUUUAAAGGCAUUGCACUCUAGUGUGUUUUGCUUUUGAAGAAAAGGUGUUGUGUGACCCCUUUAUUUUUGGUGUAUAAAAUACACUCCAAUUGGGGUACAAGUGCUCCUGAAAUGGUGUUUUGUUUCAAACUAAUGUAUGAAGUGUGAAGAGUCAGGAAGCUGUUUGCAAACGUGUCAUAGAACCUCCUCGUUAGAUAAAUUAACAGCAAUCCCUUCAGUUUAUGUGCAUCAGAAUUAAUGAGUAAUAUGAUAAGGCAAGUUAUGUAUCAUGUGAUGGCGUCUUCAUCUGUUAUAAUUUCAUUUCUUUGUCGUUCAGCACAACUAGAGUCGGCCCUUAUUUGCCCAACCUGUAUUUGACAUGUUGGAAGGAAAGCCUUUUGCUAGUUGCAAUAAUGUGGGGCCAUAUUUUGGAGCAAUUGCUUUUGGUGACAAUUUAACUUUUACCUGCAUGAUUCGCAUAGCGGCCAUGGUGGUGAGCGCAAGGUCACGAUUCCGCAGAUGCAUUAUGGUGGAGGUGGAAUGUGGAAACUCAAGCAUGCUUAGAUUUAAGUACAUUUUAAACUUAAAAUGAACCAUGGUGUUCUUUGCUAUAGCCCAGGCAUUGCAUUGAGUAGUUCUGCGUCAAUAAAUUAAUGCGCAAAUUUCAACUUCCAUGUGGUGAAAGUGCCCCACUCUUGUGGCCCACCCCAAUAACAAGCUUUGUAUGGUAUGAAGGUAUGUGGCAGAACACUUACAAUCUCCCAAUUUCUUACGUUAACGCUUGCUGUUGCAACCUGUUGGUCACAAAGUGGUGUCCCCAUAAGUUUUCUUUCCAAAAUACAGCCCCAUUAUCUGUUGCAUAAGCGCGAUUAUAAUCAUGGUGUCGUGAUAUAGUGUGACAAGUCUUUCAGAGUGAUGGAACACUGGUGCCUGCUGUUUUGUGCAUAAAAAUUCUAAGGACUUUUUCAUCAGCUGUGCAGAUGUUGCUUUGCUAUAAAUGUGAUGUCUAUAGAAUGUGUUGUGAAGGAUGGAAAACGCAGUGUUUUCAUUAUGUGAUUGUUGCACUUGUGUCUCGCAGCUGUUUCCCAGCUAGCAUUGCAAAGCAUCUGAUUAUGAAACACCCAAGGUCAGUCUUUGAAGAUGACUGUCUGCCUGUUAUUAAAA